GGAAUCCACUGGAGGAUAAGCACAGAGAACUCUAAUACAAGACAAGUCUCAAAGGGAACUGAAAGAUGGGUUCAAACAUCCUUACUGGUCAGCGUAUACUGGUGAUUGCAGUCUGUCUUCUGAGUGCAUUCACACCAACUCUAUCUGUGUACAGAGGGGGGGAAUGCACAUUCAAUACCAAAGGCACUUGUGAAUAUCAAGGACAAGUCUUUGGGAUUGGUGAGAGUUGGAUUACUACAGACUGCUACCAGUGCGUGUGUAUGGAGCCCUUUGGGGUGGGCUGCUGUGAUCACAUCUCCCAGCCAGUAGAUUAUCCUGAAUGGUGUGAAGUCAUCAGAAAACCAGACUCUUGCACCAGUGUGGCCGUGAUGAGAGCAAAUCACAAACUCCCUUGUCUUUAUGGAAAGUGGGGCAAGACACAACCCAAAGUCUGGAAGUCUGACAAUGAACUAAUAUUCUAAAUAAUAUACAUUUUUAAAUAUCACCAGUUGCGGUUUGUGAUAACUGUCCGAUUUAUUUUCGUGAAAUGUAUAGAGAUGUGCUAUUAUGCCAUGUUCUGUUUCAGAUUUCAAGCACUAAAUUGAUUGCUACAGAGAACUACAUAUUAAUUAUCAUUUUACUAGCUUUAACUGUUCAAAUAUCUAUGCUGCUAUGCACAGACUUUACUUAGAGGUACCGAUUAUUGAUCAUUUGAACACUGUCAUGUUUGCUUUUUAUUAAUGGAAAUUUUCACACAAUUGCAUAU